GUCAACUUCCGGUGUGUCAGAAAAGAAAAUGGCUACCUGGAACAGGUCGAGGUACCUGUUAAUAUCGUCAGCAGUGUUUGUUGCGAUAGGCUUCCUCUUCUUUCUCAUUGCUUUUUCGACACCAAAUUGGUUGGAGGCCGAUGAUAAAUAUAAACUGAAGAACGGAUUCGUCAAGUUGGGUUUGUGGACAGCAUGUUUCAAUCACUGGACAUACUUUAAUGAUUACAAUGGGAAGAUUUAUGAUGGAUGUUGGUGGAUUUAUUCCUAUGAAUACAGACCAAUCUUCCACUGGAUUAAUCCAUCGUGGUUCCUGUCUAUACAAGUGAUGAUGACCUUGACCUUGCUGGCAGAGAUAGUGGUCCUCUCCCUCCUCAUCUUGUUCAUUCUUAACGUAUUAAAGGGCAGGAACAGCUUCGGGGCGCUCAUGUCCGUGGGGGUCGCAGCCGUUACCUGUGGUGUUGUGACAGGUAUCUGCAUCCUAAUUUUCGGCACAAUGUCUGUGGUGAACAGACAGUGGAUCCAGAAUCCGGACAAGAAUUACCUGUCCUACUCCUUCGGUCUGAUGGUCAUGUCCGGCUUCCUCCUGGUGUUUGGGGGAUUCUGUGCCACAUUCUCCGCCACACAGGUCCGCUUCGACCAGAAGAUGAGUCAGGAGAAACCAAGAUAUGGGGGACAGAUCAUUAAACCCGCCCAACCAAUCUAUUAAGGGGAGGAGAGUGCCAUUUCUGACAGUAUCGGCAUUUACUUUGUAUAUGGAAAUAUUCAUUUUCUUUUGUUUGGAAAUAUGACCAAAUACAUGUACAUUGAUCUGCCAUUUAUUUGGAGAAGGAUUCUUUUCUCUCCACAAUUUCUUUGUGGAGAGACAUUUGAUAGCAGGAUUCAUUCAUUGAAAUCAUGUAUACACAGAACUUCACAGUUCACAUUUUCAAUUUGUAAAUAGGGAUUCAUUACAUCUGUCCAUAUAUCUCAUUUACAUCAUUCAUUAUUAAAUGCACCAAGACAUCCACAAGUUACCGGUAGUUAAAACAUUUUCAAGUAAAUGAUGUUAUAAAAAAAAUUUAUUAGUGCAAUUUAAGUGUAUGAGUUACUGCACUUCUCUGUUAUUGACAUUUUCGUAAAAAAAAAUUUGCCUUCUUGAAGAGUAUUGCACUAUUUCUUCUACUUAUUUUAGUAGAUUUUAAUUUAAGUUCAAUUAAAAAGUACAUGUAUUUUAGUAUAAUAAUAUCACCUCAAACAAGUCAAUUAAAUUUUGCAGCUAUUUUAAAUUUAACCAUUUGUCAUCCAAG